AUGGCUGGUUCGAAUGUUGCCCACAAAAUCAAUUCAAAAAAGAGAACACAAGAUGUUUUGAUGUCUGAAAAUGUCGAUUUUGCAGGCCUGUUAUUAUCGGAGCCAGUUCAGAGAGGACUUUUGGCUGCCGGUUUUGAAAAACCGUCCCCAAUUCAGUUGAAAGCUAUUCCUCUUGGAAGAUGUGGAUUAGAUUUAAUUGUACAAGCCAAGUCAGGUACUGGAAAGACAUGUGUUUUCUCAGUCAUAGCCUUAGAGAAUAUUCAGAUUACCAGCUCAGCAUUGCAGGUGUUAGUUUUAGCACCAACAAGAGAAAUAGCUGUACAGAUACAAGAUGUUAUUAAGAAUAUUGGAGCUUGUUUACCACGGUUGGCUUGUCAUACAUUUAUUGGUGGUCUACCUAUUAAAGAAGAUAUACAGAAAUUAAGAAGAUGUCAGAUUGCUAUUGGGUCACCUGGUCGUGUAAAACAUCUAAUAGAACAUGGUUUAAUGUCUACUGACAGUAUUAGAAUAUUUAUACUGGAUGAAGCUGAUAAACUAUUAGAGGACAGUUUCCAGGAACAAAUUAAUUGGAUAUAUUCUUCAUUACCUGAUAACAAACAGAUUCUAGCACUAUCAGCCACCUACCCAGAAUAUCUAGCACAACAUCUUACAGCUUAUAUGAGAAACCCUACUUUUAUUAGACUGAAUGUAUCCGACCCUGCUUUAUUAGGUAUAAAACAGUUUUAUAGUAAAGUAAAACACCAUCCUCUACCUAAUAAACAACUAGAUAUUAAAACAGACAGUGUUAUUAGUUUAUUAUCUAAUAUUGUCUUUAAGCAAUGUCUCAUCUUCUCAAACCUUCAAACCAGAGCUCAGAAUUUAUGUAGUGAUCUACAGAGUAAAGGUUGGCCGACAUCUUGUAUAGCUGGUAGUUUAGAUCAGAAAGAAAGACUGCAGGCUAUGGAUCAACUUAAAACUUAUAAAUGUAGAGUUCUUAUUUCUACUGAUCUGGUAGGUUACAUAUUAAUUUAUAGUGGCAGAUUUUGA